CACACAUUAAAGAGGAACAGGAGGAACUGUGUAUCAGUCAGGAGGGAGAGCAGCUUCAAGGACUGGAGGAGGCUGAUAUCACCAAGUUCCCAUUCACUCCUGUCCCUGUGAAGAGUGAAGAUGAUGAAGAGGAAGCUCAGUCCUCACAGCUUCAUCAAAGACAAACUCAACACAUGGAAACAGAAGCUGAUGGAGAGGACUGUGGAGGACCAGAACCAGCCAGGAACUCACAUCCACUUCUACAACCAAAGACUGAAGUCCAGACUGGAGACUCUUCUGAUCCUGAGACUGAUGACAGUGCUGAUUGGAAGGAGACCAGAGAACCUCAGUCAGCUUUAAACUCUCUGAAACAAGAUUCAAUAUGUAAGAAACCAUUCAGCUGCUCUGAGUGUGGGAACAGAUUUGGCACCAAGGCACACCUGAAGAGACACAUGAGAAUCCACACAGGAGAAAAACCUUUCAGCUGCUCAGUCUGUAAGAAAUCUUUUAAACAUAGUGGAAGUUUACGGAUACACAUGAGAAUCCACACAGGAGAGAAGCCUUUUUGCUGCUCUGAGUGUGGUAAAGCUUUCACUGUUAGUGGAACCCUGAAGAAACACAUGAUGACUCAUACAGGAGAAAAACCUUUCAGCUGCUCAGUCUGUAAGAAAUCUUUUGCACGGAGAGGAAAUUUAAAGGAACACAUGAGAAUCCACACAAGAGAGAAAAGAUUCAGCUGCAGUGUUUGUAACAAAAGAUUUUCCCGGCGUUCUCGUGUCAAAAUACAUAAAUGUGUUGGUCAGAUGGAAACAGACGCUGAUGGAGAGGACUGUGGAGGACCAGAACCAGCCAGGAACUCACAUCCACAUCCACUUUUACAACCAGAGACUGAAGACCAGACUGGAGACUGAUGACAUUUAAUAACG